AUGUCUCGGCGCCUCGAACGGCUCUCGGAGGCAACUCAGACGCGCCUGCGCUCCACACAAAUCCUUACGUCCCUCCCUCAACUUGUCUCAGAACUUGUACAGAACUCUCUGGACGCGGGUGCUCGCCAUGUCGAUGUUGGCGUGAACUGCGAGGAGUACGGUUGCUGGGUGCGCGAUGAUGGGUGCGGGAUGGGGAGGACGGAUUUAGAUGCGCUAGCGGCGGGUGGAGGAGGGGAGAGAUAUGUCUCGUCCAAGGUAUAUGCGCCCAACCAGGUCGGGGAGCAAGCUACCUUUGGCUUUCGGGGAGAGGCGCUCGCGUCGGCUGCCGACUUGUGCUGUCUUGAGAUCGCGUCGCGGACAGCUCGCUCCCGAGAGUCGUGGUCCAUAAUCCUCAAGGAUAGGAAGACUCUGUACAAUGGACCAGCCGUUCGAUGGCGUCGCGAGACGCCUGGCACCGUUGUAUGCGUACGGGACGCAUUCUACAACCUUCCUGUCCGAAGACGCUCGCACCCUUCACCCUCACGAACCCUCGAGCUCAUACGUCAGGAACUCAGCGCAUAUGCGCUUGUCUUCCCCCACGUCACUUUCAGCCUAGAGAACACGAGCACUUCGCAGCAGAGCACUUCUUCAUCCUCGAACAUUCUCAGAAUACCGGCUGUAUGCGUACCUUCUCAUGACUCUGGGCUUGUUUUGACCCUUGCUGCAGACAAACUCGAUGUUGACGACCUUCAGACAUAUACAUGGGCGUGCUCUGGUGCAGACGUCAACCGCCAUCCGCUUGCACCUAGCGACAUGCAUCGGUUGAUUGACCAGCGGUUUGCUUCGAGCUCAUUCGGCAUGCACGCGCUUGAUGAGGAUGGGCAGAAUGACCUGCCGAAGAGUGAGAAGAGGCCCGUGUAUGUGCUGAACAUCACCGUCCCGCCGCAUCAGAUAGACAACUGUCUGGAACCUGCGAAGGCCGAGGUCAAUUUCGAGGACAGGCGCAGCGUCAUCGACCUACUCGACAGAGCGGUUUCCUCCUUUCUGUCUCGCAAUGGAUUCCGCGCUGCUACGCCAUCACCGCGUAAACGAAGGAAGGUCGCUCCGGACGGGCCAGGCGUCGAUGUUACACCUCCCCGGCGAGCUGCUAGCAUGCCGAAGAGGGUGUCAGCGCCGGUUUACAUUGAUCGCGCGUCGUCAUUCCCUAUUGCCAGCGGCGCUCGCCUAGACAAUGGGCGACCCUCGACUGCGACACGUCGAGAGGAACAUGAGGAGAUAUGGACGGAUGAGACGACUGGCGAAGUAUACAUCAUCGACAAGCGGUCCGGGAACUCGUACCGUCUGAAAGACGAGCGGCAAAGAGACGCAGAGCCGGAAGAAGAUCCAAACGGUAUCACCCAUCGAGGCGCGCGCCGAACGCUGAAGUUGGGACACCAGUCGAGUGCGACGCCAGCGGAAACUCCUUUGUGGAUUCGGAAAGCACUCGAGGCAAACGUAUCAUACGCACCGACUCAGAAUCGAGUACGCGCCGUCGAGACGAGCUCGCUGACCCGAUGUUGCCCCGACGGACAGCAGGAGCCGCAAAGGGCGCUCAGCUUCCAGCAGCGCCGUAUGUUGCAGGAGCAGCAAGCGCGCGCGAGCCAGCCACAGGGGCGAACGGCGCAAGAAGAACGACGAGCAUACCAGUUUAGCACCGACGACCUCCGCCGAGCGCGCGUCAUUGCGCAGGUUGACUGCAAGUUUAUUGCGUGCAUGAUGCAGCCGGCCGCAGCAAGCACGAAAGACGACAGCUCAGAAAAACAACGCGCCCGGUCGGGUCUCGUCCUCAUCGACCAACACGCAGCGGACGAGCGGGUGCGCGUUGAACGGUACAUGCGCGAGCUAUGCACGGGCUUCACCGCUGCGCGCGCGGGACAGCAGGGCGUGCGAUGUAGGGCGCUCGAUCCGCCCAAGGCCAUACUCCUCACGCGCAAGGAGCGCCAGCAGCUGUACGUUGAGGAGAAUCGACGGGCGUUUGGAUGGUGGGGAUUUCGGUUUACGGAUGAGGGGGAAGACGUGCAUGGAGAUGCGCUUGAAGGCGAUAUGGACGACGCGGGGAAGGGUGGCAGCGCGUAUGCGCAGGUUGAGGUAGUUUUUGUGCCGGAGAUGAUUGCGGAGAAGCUUCUGCUCGAGAACGAGUUACGCGACUUGGUCAAGGGAUACUUGGCUAAGCUUGCGGACGAAGGUGCUCCUCCGCGGACCUCCAACGUCGCGGCAGAUGGUUCAUCCGGAUGGCUGAAGGCCCUACGGUGGUGCCCGAAGGAGCUUGUCGACAUCCUCAACUCGAAAGCGUGUCGAGGAGCCAUCAUGUUCAACGAUCCGCUAUCCAUGGCCCAAUGCGAGAAGCUCAUCAAGCAGUUGACCGAGACGGCGUUCCCAUUCCAGUGCGCUCAUGGGAGCAGGCCCUCACUUGUACCGCUCAUCGACCUGAAUGACAAAGCUGAGCAUCGAACGCGUUCUCGGCUGGAUUGGAAGAGCCUGCAAUAA